AUGGUGGGGUUUACGGGCUCUUUGAAGAUAAAGAUUAUCGAAGCGACGGAUUUGAAACCCACAGAUUUGGCAAGGAGAAAAACGCUUGGUGGGCUUACAUCGAUGGAUCCUUAUGUGUUGGUGAACGUUGACGACAUCCGUAUAGCACAGACAACUUCAAAACAGAAGACACUGACGCCUGUUUGGAACGAGGAGUUUGAAAGCGAGGUAGAAGAUGCACAAGUUCUCUGCAUAACUGUCUUUCACAAAAGCAUUAUGCCUCCUGACGACUGGUUCGUAGCAAAUUCGUCGGUGGCUUUGGCAGAGAUCAUGAAAUCUGAAGUACAAGGAGUUUCUGAUAUUUGGAUAUCUUUGGAACCUGAAGGAAAACUUCAUCUCUACAUUGAGUUGAAACCCAAAAUCCAGGACAGUGAGAAAAGAGUUUUUAAGGAAAGUGAGAGCGGCAUAAAAGGCCGAAGGGGGGCCAUGCGCCGACGAAGAGUACAUCAGAUAAGCGGUCACAAAUUUAUGGCAGUUUGGCUUAGGCAGCCAACAUACUGUUGCCAUUGCCGGGAAUUCAUUUGGGGUGUUUUUAACAAACAAGGGUAUCAGUGCCAAAUCUGCACUUGUGUGGUUCACAAACGAUGUCAUUCGGAGGUGGUGUCCCAGUGUUUAAGUGUGAAACAAGACUUACAAGACGUUCUUCCAGGUGACGGCCAGAAUGCAUUUGGAAGUUCAGCCACAGUCUCGGUUCGUUUCAAACAUGACGUGCCUCACAGAUUUGUAGAACACAAUUACAAAAGACCAACGUUCUGCGAUCACUGUGGCUCUCUUCUUUACGGUCUCUGGAAACAAGGAAUGCAGUGUUCAGAAUGCCAAAUGAAUAUUCAUAAGAGGUGUUUUGGCAAUAUUGCCAACAACUGUGGUAUUAACACCAAAGAGAUGGCAGAGGGCUUAAAAGGCAUGGGACUCACAGGAAACAUACUUACAGAAUCAAUGAGAGUGAGAAAGCCAUCAAUUGAGUAUAACAAAACAAACACAACAAAUAAUCAAGGAAAAGACCGACUCCCAAUUACAGCAAAUGAUCUGGAGGCGUCACCUAGUUUGCAAAGUCUGCGAAAGAAGUUUGGCUUAUCAGAUUUCAGUUUUAUCAAAGUCCUCGGGAGAGGCAGCUUUGGCAAAGUUCUGUUGGCAGAAAGAAAAAGCACAAAUGAGAUUGUUGCGGUAAAGAUCUUGAGGAAGGACACUCUUUUCCAGGAUGAUGAUGUGGAGGGUGCAAUGACUGAAAGACAGGUGUUGGCGUUAUCUGCAAGCUAUCCCUUUCUUACUUCUCUUUACUGCAGCUUUCAAACGGAGGAUCGUUUGUUCCUUGUAAUGGAAUAUGUCAAUGGUGGUGAUUUGAUGUUCCACAUUCAAAAAGCUAAAAAGUUUGAUGAGAGGAAGUCGAGGUUUUAUGCUGCAGAAGUGGUUCUGGCACUAAGGUACCUGCACCAGCAUGGUGUUAUUUACAGGGACUUAAAACUAGAUAAUGUACUUUUAGACAAAGAUGGACACAUCAAAUUGGCUGAUUUUGGAUUGAGUAAAAAUUUCAUGUCUUCAGGGGGAUUCACAAACACAUUUUGUGGAACACCAGACUACAUGGCUCCAGAGAUUCUUCAACAAAUGCCCUAUAGUUUCUCGGUGGACUGGUGGGCGCUUGGAGUUUUUAUGUAUGAAAUGAUGGCAGGACAACCCCCUUUUGAAGCUGAUAAUCAAGAUGAUCUGUUUGAAUGCAUUAAGCAUGACGACGUGCUGUACCCUAUGUGGCUCACCAGGGAAGCUGUGUCUAUACUGAAAGGGCUCAUGACGAAAACCUACAGGAAAAGACUUGGCUGCACAGCCAAUGGAGAUCAAAGUAUUCUAGAUCAUCCAUUUUUUACUGAAAUCGACUGGAAAAGAUUAGAAGCGAGGCAAGUUAAGCCACCGUUUAAACCAAGAAUACGAUCAAAAACAGAUGUUGGAAAUUUCGACAACGAUUUCACGAGGGAAAAAGCAAACCUGACACCAACCGAUAAACGUGUAGCUGCGAGUAUAAACCAGGAAGAAUUCAAUGGCUUUUCGUUCGUCAAC